AUGGCGUCUUACUUAGCAAAUUCCAUACCCCAACAACAACCGUCCAUAAGUGCGAGUCAAUGGGCUUUGGUUUCAAAUCAAAACCAAAGUAUUCAAAAUCUACUGUUGAGCGAGAGUGAGACGGGUAGCAACAAUCGCCCGCCAAAGCUAAAUCACAUGAAUGAUUAUCCAUCAUGGAAGGGACCAUCCACUUCAGCGGGUUAUGCUAACAUGCUUGAGGAUGAUAAGAAAGCUUAUGACUUGGAGAAAAAGGCGUUUGCCAUACUUACGCAAGCACUUCACAAAGAAAUCUACCAUCAGUUUGGGUAUUGUAAGACCACAAAAAGCCUAUGGGAUGCGUUGGUGGCGAGAGGAGAAGGGAAUGCAGCGUCUAGGAAGACUCGCCAUGAUUUGUUAAAGAAAGAGUUUGAAUCAUUUCAGUUCUUGGAAAAUGAAACCUUAAAUGAUAUGACUUCACGUGUCUAUCAUUUGAUUAGUGAAAUGAGUUCUUACAAUGUUAAUGCUACCCAUUAA